UUCAAAGAAGAUAAAAAAACAACCUAAGAACUUUGACCUGUUUAGGGGCCUAAAAUUCUAGAAAAAACCUGGAAACUUCCACGAGCUUUCUCUUACCAUCAUCAUCAAUUUUAGGGCUUUUCUUCACUCCAAAUCAACCAUCACAUGUCCAAUCGAACAUUUCCAAUUGCAUCUUCCUCAACGCAAUCGGUUUCGUGAUUAUACCUUAUAAUAAUUUUUGUUACAUCUGAAGAUCUGAGGAAUCAGACAAAAAUGUCGAGUGGUUUUGGAGAAUCGACACGAGCGUCUCAACCGAAUCCAUUGAAUCCAUCAUGUUCUUCAGGGAACAGUUCCAACAAUGAUGCUGGUGAUUUUGAAUGUAACAUAUGUUUUGAUUUGGCUCAGGAUCCUGUGAUUACACUUUGUGGUCAUUUGUUUUGUUGGCCAUGUCUUUAUAAAUGGUUACAUUAUCAUUCUCAAUGUCAAGAAUGUCCUGUUUGUAAAGCACUUGUUCAAGAAGAGAAAUUGGUUCCUCUUUAUGGUAGAGGAAAAUCACAAACUGAUCCGAGGAAUAAAUCGUAUCCUGGAAUGGAGAUUCCUCGUCGUCCUUCUGGACAGAGACCACAAACAGCGGAUUCGGCUCCUCCUCCUCCUGAUGCGAAUUAUCACACUGGACUGGCUGGAAUUGGAUUGAUGGGUGGGUUUAUUCCGAUGGCAACUGCUAGAUUUGGAAAUGUUGCGCUUUCGACAGGUUUUGGUGGGUUUAUCCCGUCUCUCCUCAAUAUUCACUUUCAUGGUUUUCAGGAUGCUACUGUUUAUGGGACAACGUCUGGUUAUCCCUUAGGGUUUAACGCAUAUCAGGGUGGGAAUACUAGAGCUUUUAUUUCGGAGCAAGUGCUGCGUAAUGUUAUGAAGAAUUUGCUUCUGUUGAUUGGAUUUCUUGUCCUUCUUACGGUUAUUUUUGUUAUGUAAUGUCGUUACUCAUUGAACUUUCACUACUUUUAGUUAGUUUUUAAUCUUCAAUGAUAAAUGGAGUUAUUUUGUUUGUAAAUAUUUUAGUUAGUUUCAACGUUUCAAACGGAAGUUGUAUGCUUGAGAAUGUUGCCUUUUAGGCUUUUUUUAUCAACUGUAUUAUAUACAUCUGCAGUGAACUUGAAUGUUCCAUAUUCGAUCUUUA